GACAGUAAUGAAAAUAAAUAGUUUGCGCAAAUAGUACUCGCGGAAAAAGCUCUUGUAAAUAAAUUCUAACGAUCGAAAGUGGUUUACAGGGGCGUGCGCCGCGUGUGCAUUCCGAUUUCGUGUGAUUUUGAUCUCGUGGCGACGUUCGGCUACUUACCGAAGGCGCGUGCAAGAUUCACCGUCAACCCGCCAGUGCGCUGCGAGUGCGAGACCCGCGAGACCGAAGCCAUCAUAUGGUAUGUUCGAUAGUGGAUAGGCCAAACCUCCACGGACUUCCAGCGCUGAAUUCACGCGUUGUGCUAACUAAUUGUGUGUUUCCCCGGUGCGCGCAGCGCGUUCGACGCUCGUGAUCUGCUUUCCUCAGCGAAUAAACACCAGUCAGUGCCCAUACUGUCCAGCAUCCGCGCCAGGAUCUACAGGACAAAGCCUCAUCUGAUUUACUAGGACCAAGAAUGCCAUAAGUCACACCAAACGACCUCAUAGAACUGCAAUCUGCAGAAGAUUAAUUUUUGAAUUACGCCGCGUGUAAUCACCGCAACAAAAAAAGCUUCUUGUGCUUUGUUUGCCUUAAAUUCGCAGGAUUCGUCUGCGUGCGUGGCCAUAGGUCGCGGACGAGAGUGAUUGCGAUUUGAUUUCGCAUCGCUGGCGCUUUCAAAGCGUUGUGUUCAGCCGGAAGUUUCGCUGCUGACCUGCCCGCCUUUCCUUCGACGGCGGCGAGCCGCGGCGAUUUAUGUGCACGCUGACUGUUGACAAGCUCUCGCCGUGCGUCGUGUGUCGCCUGCUAACCAUAUUUCUGCGUCGCAUCUUGUGAGCACCCUCCGUCUUUUUAUUACUGGCGCACGUGGAGAUGCUCUGAACCGGCCUACUGCGAUUUAUUCAAUGUGCACCAGUCGCGUGCGAAACUAAUUGCGUUCUGAUGAUCUUGAAUGGUUUGCAUAAUUUGGAAUAGCAACAUCAAUGGUUUCUGGAAAUGCUGGCUAAAGAGGAUGUUUUAUUAUGGUUUAAAGACUUAGAAAGUUAUAAACGGAUAGAAGUGAUGUACGAGCUGUUAAACAUGUGCAUACCGUUCGAAAUCCGCUUCCUCGGCACCUGCAUCGAGGAGAUCGGCAAGCACACCUAUCAGGAGCUGCGCGGCCCCAGCAUCAUCGCCAACGACCCCGAGCGGCUGGCGAAAGAUGCAGCGCUGCAGGCGGGGCUGGUCGACGAAGGUGCGCGACACCGCGCAGUCAUCUACAUGUCGGUGCUGUCGUCGCGCAAUUGCCUGUGCGCGAACUGGUAUUACAGGACGUUGUUGCGCCCGGCCGAGACGCAGGAGCACGUGGUGAAUGUGUUGUCCGGCAAGGAACAGGACUUUAGUAAUGUUAUCAGUGAAUUGUUGUUGUUCUACACGCUCGGCGUAUAUCAUCCGGCGUUCACGUUCAAUCAGAAGACACACUUUAAGGACGCGUUGGAUGCGCUCAGCAGGCAUUGCGCUGCGACAAACGGCCGGAAUGCAGCUGUUGCAGCUGCGGCAGUGCCUCCUGAGCCUGUGGGACAAGUUCCAGUUGCACGAAACGUAUCUAGUCAUAUUGAAGCUAACCAACCUUUGGUGGUGCCGGUAAAGACUCCGUCGGUGGUGAUGCCUGUGGAAAUCAUCCCGGUGCAACCGCAUGCAAUUCCACAGAGUGUACCGGCAAAGGUACCCAAUUUUUUGUUUCCAAGUGGACCUCCAGAGGCUCGCCCGUUUCCUGCUCAAACAAAUAAACAUACUCCAAGUGCGCCGCCCAGGCGGGAUUGGUCACCGCCUCCAAGCCCUCUGCUGACGCCAAUGGCUCCUCUUCUCGACGCGGUCGCCGCACAGGCUCCUUCGCAUUUAGACUUAAAUUUGGUCCCGGCCGGACCACCACCCAUAUCAUUCGUCCCACCCGUAGAAGUCAUACCAAAAAAUAUUGAAGAAGAGAAUCAUUUCAUAUCAGAAGAAAAACGUGAACUUCCCUGGCCGCCUAACGAACAGAUAGCCAAACAAAAUGGCAUCCGUUUCAUCAAGAAUUUCUACCCCUCUACCCACGAGCAACUCGCUAAUCUCAAGAUUGACCCCGACAAGCCGCCCAUGAUGCUCGGUUCCAAUUCGAACUCUUCCUGCAGUAGUCGAAACCAAUCGCCUACGGAAACACCUUCUGUCACUCCGGCCGUUACGCCACACGGCCCCGGCCGAGGUGCCCCGCCGCCGCCUCAACAACAACCACAGCCACCUCAGCCGCAGCCACCGGACGCCAAACCGCGAGUUAAUGGUUUACCGCUUCAACCGCUGCGGCUUAUCGCGCCGGCGGCUGCCUGCGAUCCGCCGCCGUACAGUACAGUGACUACUUUUACGAACUACCAGCCCACUCAUCCACCCACCAGGUACUACGCCUACCGGCAACCGUUCCCUACGUUUCCAACCCUGCCGCACACGAACGAGCUAUUCUAUAACUAUCCAACCUCCGUGUAUUAUUCCAGCCCUGUCCCACCUCCGCCCCGCAAUCCCACUUGCUGCAACUGUGGCGGGAUGGGCCACACGAGCGUCGAUUGCACGUCGCAGAGCGUCGAGGACAUCACGCUGACGCCGUACACGCUCGAUUUUGAAUCGCCGACGGUGCCGGACAAUCCGCCGGAGAAAUGAUACUUAUAGGAGAUAUUAGGUGAUUGUAAAUGAAUUUAUAUCAAUUAAUUGACUUCUCCGCGGCGGCGGCGGCGUGUGUUGAGCAGCAGUUCCCCGAGGGUGCGAACGGCCGAAUGCGUACCAAAAAAAAAAUGUUGUAAGUUGUGUUAUCCGGUUGAGCGAAUUCACUCAAAGUGAACUAAAUCAUUCAAUUUUGUUUGUUGGUUGUUUUGCGUCGUAAUUUUUAGUCUGCGAAAAUGGUUUGGAAGCGCGCUGUCUUUUACAAUAUCGAAAAUAAUUCCAUGAAAUGUGCUCACUCAAAAUGCACGGAUCAAUUUACUCAGGUCAUUUUCCUAGCCGCGUGAUUUAUUGAGCGUAAAUAAUUCAUAGUUGAUGACUUGGGUAAUUAUCUCUUGCAUAUUCAAAUGCUCAUACGAUUAAUUAUUCCACAUCAAGUUUUUUUUCUCUUUCUUUUGACGUUUUUACAUGUUAGCAAAUCAGGAAUUCAAACAAAACGCGCAAACAUACGAAAGCAAUGUAUUUAAAUAAUUCUUAUCAACUAAUGUGCAUUAUACGAAGUUAUAAAAAGCCAACACGACGUUUUGUGUGUGUAUGUCUAAGUAGCGUCUUCUAUAACCGAGGUGUAAAGCAACAUAUAUUCCAAACCAAAAACUAAAACUAAUCUAUGAUAAAAUGUAAACAGACAAACGGGACUCUCUUUUGUCGCGAAGAACUUGCGAUGCUAAUGAUAAUGUACAUACUCGAUACUAAACUCUGUCUGUCUGUUUGCUUUCUCCGCUUAGUCACGAACUCAAUACUCGAUGUAGAUACAUAACAUUGAGCUGCUAACUUUAAUACAUACAAGAGCAACACGAGCCGGAAGCGAAAUGUAAAUUGUCAGAACGGUCCAGCGCGUCCAGUGUAUUUUUGUGUACUUGUAAAAAAAGUCUAGUUAUUGAUUGUGUUAUUUACAUGCAUAGACCAGUGUGAUGCAGCAGCCGCGGCGAAAGUAAAGCACGAAAACAAUUGAGGCGCCAAAAAUAGGUUUCUUACUUUGACUAAUUUGACUCUAGUCAAUAUUUAUAGUUGUUAAUUAUAAAUUUAUUCUUAUUUUAAGCAUGAUUUCGAUAAAAAAAACAAUAAACUGGAAGGAAGCAGCAUAUUGUUUGCCAUUAUCAAUAAUUUUUUGCACUAUUUAAAUUAUAUUGGCAAUCAGAUAACAAAUUAAUGUUUUAAAUUGUAUUUUUAGCGACACUGUAAUGAAUUAAUAGUAUUUCAGCCAUUUUUUUAAGUGAAAAUGAAAAUUGUAUCCAUUUGAUGUACUUAGGAACGCUGUAGAUGUUUUUUUACACACAUUUUUAAUUACCAUUACCACCAUUUACAGAAUUUUAAGUAGUUUCUUAUUUUAUGAUAAUUUUUAUAACCGAUCAAUCAGUUUUUUAGAGAAUCGAAAUAAAAGAAGAAAGGGAAAAAGUGCAAAAAAUAUGGAAAAGAAAAUGGCGCCGAUGAAGCUCUCGAAAAUUUCAAUGAUUCACUCGUGUGUUUAAAUCUGUAAAUUCACAAGCAACUCUUUGUUAAACAAGCCACAAGAAAACACGCUCGGAGGGCAAAACUCUUUUUGUAAAGCGAAUCGUCUGAUUGCUACCGUAACAUCGCAUGCGGUGAUUGUUUAUCAUUUGUAUUUUGACAGAUUGUGUACAUAAACAAGGUGUAGUUAUAUUUCAUAAUAGUUUAUAAAUAUUAAUUAAAUAUUGAUAUAUUUAUAACAAAUAAUACUACAAUCAGUAUCUGACUGAAAGUUAAACUUAAUAAAUUUUGAGAUUUUCUAACUAAAUCAAA